GGCUGCCCAAAAACCAUUUCCUUUAAUUGCUUGCAGCUCAAUUGUUUUUUACCUUCCUUCUUGGUGCAUCUGAAUUUUGCUUGCUGGCAGCUAUGUCCUAUGACCGCUAUGUUGCCAUUUGUAAGCCCCUGCAUUACACAACCAUCAUGAGCAAUAAGAUCUGCAUGCAACUUGUCUUCUGUUGUUGGUUUGCUGGGUCUUUUGUCAUCUUUCCACCUCUCCUCUUAGGCUUAAAUGACUUCUAUGCCUUCAACAUUGUUGAUCAUUUCUACUGUGCUACAACCCCCCUGCUGCAGAUCUCCUGCUCAGACACACAGCUCUUAGAGACAAUGGGAUACAUCUCUGCUUUGGUGACACUCAUAGUCACAUUGGUAAUGGUGAUAAUAUCAUAUACCUACAUUGUAUUAAGAAUUCUAAAAAUCCUUUCAGUCAAUCAGAGGAAAAAGGCUUUUUCAACAUGUUCUUCUCACAUGAUUGUGAUAUCCCUUUCUUAUGGCAGCUGCAUCUUCAUGUAUGUUAAGCCAUCAGUCAAACAAAGAACAUCUUAUUCCAAGGGAAUUGCAGUGCUCAACACCUCUGUUGCUCUACUUUUGAAUCCUUUCAUCUACACUUUGUGGAACAAGCAAGUAAAAACAGCCUUCAUGAACAUGGUACACAAAAUUGUUUCUUUCUCAAACAAAUGAGUAUCCUAUUAUAUAACAUAUAUUGGAAAUGGGCAAAGAAGUUUCAAAUAGUGCCAGCAUAUUCAAUAGUAGCUUUCAAUACACAGAUUCCUCUUCUUUUUUCGUUUAUCCCUAUAAUAUCUUAAUCUCAUUCAAGCUUUAUUCACAAACACUUUGUUCCACAGAAGUUAAUGUUCCUUAAGUUAAUGUUAAGUUAUAUUCUUUAUUAGAUAUAUACUUUUUCGCAUCUUAUUUCCUUUUUCCUCUAGAUAAAGGAAUGAAGUUGAACUACAUUUUUCUUAUAUUUUUAAAAGACUCCAUUUAUUUG